AUGGCGCUGGUGACCAUAGUCUCCCAGAAGAAGCAGAUAAAGCGGAAGGCUCCCCGUGGCUUUCUAAAGCGAGUCUUCAAGCUACAGAAGCCUCAACUUCGUCUGGAGAAAAGUGGUGACUUACUGGUCCAUCUGAACUGCUUACUGUUUGUUCAUCGAUUAGCAGAAGAGUCCAGGACAAACGCUUGUGAGAGUAAGUGUAGAGUCAUUAACAAGGAGCAUGUACUGGCUGCAGCAAAGAUAAUUCUAAAGAAAAGCAGAGGUUAG